AUGACAGGUGAGGAAGGUGGGAAAGUGAGCAUUGAGAUAGUGAAGUGUCCUGCAGGAAAUAGGGUCAAGACAGAUUGCACAGAGACUGCACACACUUCCUGUGUGGCCUGCGAGGAUGGAACCCACAUGGAUAAGCCCAGCGGACUCAAACAAUGCACUCACUGCACAAUCUGUGACCCAAGUUUUGGUCUGAAGGAGAACAGGACAUGCACAUCAACAUUAGAUACAGUUUGUAAACCAGAGGAUGGAUUCUACUGUGUUGAACUUGCAGCUGGUAGCUGCAUGGCAGCACACAAACACAGGCAAUGUCAACCAGGAGAAUACAUCAGCCAAACAGGUUGGUUUCUUAUGCGUGUAGUGUAAAUAACCUGGAUGAAAUAAUCUGUUUGUUACUUGCAGUGGUUUCUGAAUGAGGUGUUAUUAACUUUAUAGUAAAGCUUAGAAGGAUCAUAUUUGUAUUUUUAAACAAUUUUAAAUCAGAAUCAAAGGUGGAGUCACCUGAUACGUGUAAUCACUCCGAUGUCACAGUC